AUUAAAAAAUCUCACCCAUUCUCCACAGUAGCCAUAGUCAAGCACCGAACCCUAAAUUUUUUACUGCAGAUCACUCUUCUACUUCUCCUUCUGAUAUCUCUCUAUGGAAUUCAAAUUUCGAGCGGUCGAUGAUCGGCCGCCGUAUCUGUCCUCUUCGCCGAGCAUGAUCAACUACUUUACCGAACAAGCACUGAGAGCGGGGUAUUCGAACAAUGGCAUCCUAUUAAACGAGCUACUGAGUAAUCCCUCUGACAUGCGAGAAGCGAUCCAGCGGGAACUCGAAAAAGAGCGGAUCCGAGAAGAGAUCAUCGCACGGGAGAUCGCGCGGAGACGAUUACUCGAAGCUGAAGUUCGAAGGGAACUAUUGAUGGAGCAAGAAUUGAUGCUGACCAAAACUGAAUUCAAAUCGCCGGUUUCUUCGGCAAUGCGGUUGGACCGGUUUCCGUUGUUUCACCAAUCCGAUAGUCGAGCACUUGAGGAACGACUGAGUAGAUCGCUUGCGCAACGAUUGGCACUGCAGGCUCGCCAGGAAAUGCUCGCCGCCCUUGAGACUGGGACGUCUUUUCAGCGGGGUGUAGAAGCUGCAGGGCCUGAGGUUAAGCCUUUUCCAGAGGUUAACAAGGACAGGGUGAUUUUACUGCCUAAACCUGGGCAAAACCUUUCUGGAGCAAAGCGGAAAGCUACAACACCACCCACAGUGGGUGUUAAUGAGCUGUCUUCAGUUGGUUCAAAGAAGAAACUUAAAGAGGAAUGGAGUUGCGCUCUGUGUCAGGUUACUGCCACAAGUGAGCGAGGUUUGAAUGAGCACCUUCAGGGAAAGAAGCACAAGGCCAAGGAGGCAGGACUGGUAGCUCAAAGGGCAGGCAAGAACCCUGCUCCUUUGCAGAAGAAAUUCAGAAAGGCUAGUAAGCUAGCAGAGAUCACUGAUGCACCAGGUACAGGGCAGGUGGAAAAAAUAGUUGGAGAAACACUUCAAACUGAUAUUGUUGGGGAGGCAUCAACAUCAAUUCUCAAAAAGCACAAUGCAGAAGAUGGAGAUAAGAAAAAUGAUGAAUUACUGUUGCAGAAAAAUGAGGUGGGAGAAGAUAUGACGAAAAAUGUGGAGGCAACAAAGCCAAAAGGUCAGAAGCCAGUGGAUCCCAAACUCAAGAAGAAGAAAUUUAAAUUUUGGUGCGAAUUGUGUCAUGUUGGGGCCUACUGCGAAGUAGUGAUGUCUACCCAUAAAAAUGGAAAGAAGCAUGUGGCCCGACUUCAGGAAAUUAGUCAGCAUGGUUUACCUGUUCCAGUCUCAUCCACAACCAUGACACCAUCACCAGAGGUUAUUCAAAAUACUGAAACUGCAGAAGUGAUAGCUAAAGAAGUAAAUGCAGAGGUGAUAGCUGUGGAAGCAGAUGAGAAACCACUGGAAAAUAAUGAAGCAAAUGAAGAUGGAUCAGGCCCAUCCCCCAGUGUGAAAUGACUAUAGGGAAGAUGCUGAAGGAUGAACAAACUCUCUGGUUUUCCACAAAAGGUAUUGCUCUCCUCCAGAUUUAGACCUAGAGUCAGGUAGACGUCUAUGUUCCUAAUUUUUGGUUUGGCUUUUAUUUAGGACUCUUGGAUUUUCCUUGAAAGUUUUUAAAUGUUAUGGACUGAUGCAAAAACCAACCAAUCCUCCAAAAAUCUAUAAGGUAGACUGGUUUCCAGACAAUGAUUCAAUUUGUCUUGUU